AUGGGACUCACCUCAAUUAGGACCAACGGGGACGACAUCGAAAUUAUUGAUCAACUCCUCUUACCCCAUUCCGAAGUUUGGGUCAAAAUCGAAAGCCCAGAGGAUGCCUACGAUGCGAUCAAGAAAAUGAAGAUCAGAGGUGCACCCGCCAUUGCGAGUCUUGCUGCACUUUCAGUGGCCUCCUAUUUGUCCCGAGCGUCGAGGGCGAACCCUGUGCCCGACUACCUUGACUCUCUGAGCUCACUCCAAGAGCAUCUGAGUGUUAUCUUGAGUCAUCUGUAUUCAUCCCGUCCCACGGCCGUCAACCUGGGCGCGGCCGUUAAGCGGCUGAACAACGUUCUGAAACUGGCAGUCGAAGAGAACUUGUCUGUCGAUGAUACAGUUCAGGGUCUGAUCUCAGAAGCAAGAGCGGUGGCUGAUGAGGAUGUUGGGAGGAACAAGACAAUGUCACGUCUGGGUGCCGACUGGAUCCUUCGACAAGCAGAAGAGAAGGGUGUCAAUCUGACCAAUGGGAUCAAUGUGCUCACAGUGUGUAACACUGGAAGCCUGGCGACGUCGGUACGUCUCGGAGCAAUCCGGAGCUCACAUGAGAGGCGACCCGUCAUCAUCCACUAA